AUGUCUCGCAGAACCGAUUUCGUUCGUGAUGAUGAUUCCAAAGAAACAUGGCGCCUUGCUGGAGAUCGUAUUCAAGUGUUGGUUCGUGGUGACCAUACCUCAAAGUGGAAGCAGUUGCUGAAAGAGGAUAUGACUUGCAUCAUAAAUAAUGGAAAUGUUUAUGACAAUGAUUUCCAGUGGAAGCUGUGCGAUCAUCCUAAAAAAAUUGUUUUUUUGAGCGGUACAACUGUGAAACCAGUUGACCUUAACAACAUUCCCUCUGAGAAAUAUUUCUUUAAAGAUUUCUCUGAUAUACUCACAGGAGAAUGUAAGAUGGACAGACUCCAAGAUAUCAUAGGUGUGGUUGAUGAGAUUGAAAACUGCCAAUCCAAGACUGGAGGAAAAAAGAUUGUCAUUUCUUUUAAAUUGAAAGAUUUGCGUGGGAACAUUGUAACUUGCACGUUGUGGGACACUUAUGGAACCAGGUUUUUAAAUUAUUAUAAUGACGAAUCAAACCAUGGAGCAAUAGUCAUUGUUCUAACUCAUGCAAUCAUUAAGGAUUCCCAGGUCUCUAAUGGCUGGAGUGGCUCAAAGCUGUUUAUCAACGACGAUAUUGGUGUUAUCAAGGAAUUCAUGUCUAAGCUGUCUGAAUCUCAGAGGAAUGAAAAACCAUCGCAAUCCACUCAGACGAUAUCUUCUUGGUCUGGGUCAAUCCAAUACACAUCUAUUGAUAAGUUUGUUUAUAAUGCCAAAUGUAUGUUGCUAACGGAAGUGGCAAAGUUAAAACAGGAUAUUGCUCCGAAUCCAGAUAAUCCGUUUAAAUGUGGAUGUGGUGAAAAUGUUGUGAAACCUGUACCAAGGUACAAGGUUGAGAUUCAUGUAAUUGAUGGAGAUUCCAAGUUCCGUUUUGUAUUUUGGGAUAUCGAUUGUUUUAAUAUCAUUGGAAAAACAGCCGACGAUAUGCGCAAAUCCAUGAUAGAGAAUGGUGAAGAUGAUCCUAUGGUCUAUCCAGAUGAACUUGAAGUACUUUUGAAAAAGAGAAUGGCUUUUAGAGUUAAAGUGCAGCCAAACUUCAAUAAAGGUUCUGUUCAGAAGCUUUUAACAGAUGCCUCUUCUGUUGAUCAGAUUUUAGAAAACUACAUCAAACAGCAAGAUGAGCAAACUACAGACAUUGAAGUCAAAGAACCAAACACCCCAAUAGAUACCUUGACUUUUAACAUUAGUGGUAAGGAUCCAAGAAAGGAAGAUAAUGUUGAUUUUUCCGCUCAUUCACUUUCGGCAUGUGGAGAAAAUGACCCCGAAAUUAACAGUAUAGUCACCCCAACAAAGGCGAAGUCAUCAAGUGCACCAGACGGUGAUAAUGAAUGUGAGUUGGUCGGAGCUACAUAG